UCAAUCACAGAAUACAAACGUUUUCCCCAAAAAACACCAGUGAAACAAAGUUCUUUGACUUAAAUUUGUUUGUGUAAAAUUUGAUAAAUGCACGUAAAUAAAUAUUAUGUGGCAAAUAAAUUUGUAACAACUUUAUGCCCCCAAGAUGAAUCAUAACAAUACAGAUUUAUCUCCUUCUGGAAAUAAUUUAGAAGCGCAAGACUACCAACUUGAUGAUUCAGUAUGGAAUUUGGAGAGUAUCAGACAAUUGGCUCUGCAGCAGCGCCUGCCUCGGCCAAGAAGCCUCGCCUGGGGCAUCAUGUUGAAGACCUUGCCCCCUCCUAGUGACGACCUUGAGGAGAGUUUGAAAACACACAGAAACUUUUACAAUGACCUGAAGAAGAAAUUGUCAUUGGAUCCCAGAACUGUUGAUGGAGAUGACCCUUUGUCACAGAAUGAUGAGAGUGCAUGGAAUCAACAUUUUUGUGACAAUGAGUUAAAGGCCCUGAUACUACAGGAUGUAGUCAGGACUUUCCCGGAUGAACUGUACUUUAGGGGCCAAGAAGUUCAGGACUUAAUGGUACGGGUGUUAUUCUUCUGGUCGCGGUCACAUUCUCAUGUCGGCUACAGGCAAGGAAUGCACGAGAUAUUGGCCCCUAUGUUAUUUGAACUAUUCUGCGAUAGAAAAUAUGCAUCGUCAAAUAUAAGUGGUCUCUUGAAAGUAUAUCUGGAUGAAGACUGUUUAGAACAUGAUAGUUAUAUGCUGUUUAGUGCGUUAAUGAAGGGACUGGAGAGAUUCUACACAACUGGCGACAUUAUUCCCACGUCGUGCGGGAGGAUGCCGAGUUCAAAAGUAGUCCAUAAUCCGAAUGAAGUAGUGAGAUAUUUAGAGCAAAUUAAGGAAGAACAUUUAGUGCCAUUAGAUCCCGAACUAGCGGAGCAUUUAACUAGUUGUAACAUAUCCUUGGAGCUGUUCGGAAUUCGCUGGCUCCGGCUGCUGUUCGGGCGGGAGUUCCCUGGAUCAGAAAUAGCGCACCUGUGGGGGUACCUGUUCUCGGACGGGCCCUCCCUCCCCAACAUACACUACGUCGUCGUCGCCAUACUCAUCUCUAUGAGGAAUACCUUGCUGCACCCAGAGUCCGGCGUGGUCCUCUCAGCGCUCAUGCGUCCGUGCGCGCUGUCCGUGGGCCACGUGGUGUGCCUCGCGCGGCACCUGGCGCGCCCGCUGCUGUGCCCGCGCCCGCCCACGCCGCCGCCCGCCCACCACCAGCCCGAGCUGGGCGCGAGGUCAGUGCUAUAUAUACACAGAGUCCGGCGUGGGCCACGUGGUGUGCCUCGCGCGGCACCUGGCGCGCCCGCUGCUGUGCCCGCGCCCGCCCACGCCGCCGCCCGCCCACCACCAGCCCGAGCUGGGCGCGAGAGUCCGGCGUGGGCCACGUGGUGUGCCUCGCGCGGCACCUGGCGCGCCCGCUGCUGUGCCCGCGCCCGCCCACGCCGCCGCCCGCCCACCACCAGCCCGAGCUGGGCGCGAGGUCAGUGCUAUAUAUACACAGAGUCCGGCGUGGGCCACGUGGUGUGCCUCGCGCGGCACCUGGCGCGCCCGCUGCUGUGCCCGCGCCCGCCCACGCCGCCGCCCGCCCACCACCAGCCCGAGCUGGGCGCGAGAGCAACCCUCCCCCCUUCCCUCGAAGAGUCCUGGGUAGCAGACGACGGCUCAGUCUCAUCAGAAGGCGUGCCCGAAGGCGGCGACGUGGGCACAGAACUAGCGACGCUGGCGGUACUGAGGGCCGAGCUGCCUCGCGCCGUGGCCGCCCUCACCGCCGCACUGCCGCCCCAGUACCGGGGGGAUAAACAUCUGCAUACUAUAAUACAGCUAACGGCUCUGCUCCAAUGCCGCAACCACGCCAUCAUCGACGUGGAGACGGCGUUGGAGGCCGCCGAGGCGCAGACCACCGACGCCAGCGUGGGACGCCGCCAGCUCGUCCCCAUCGCCAUAUUGGGCGGGAAACGCGCCACGCAGAAAAACUUUCAGAAACCAACGAUACCCAGGAUCAAGGAAGUGCAGCUAAAAACGUUCCACCACGCUGAGUGUAAAACAAGUGACAGUGAAUUCCCGAGUCUCGACCCGCUCAAAAUAAGGACGGAGUGACUAAACUGGAGGUGAUGUAGUUUAUUUACUUACGUUACGCCAAUCGGUGGUCAAAUGAUUAUUGAACCUAAAAAAAUCAUGCAUUUCAAACCAUUGCGGUAGGUAGAUAGUGUAUAUGUUUAAAAUAAAAUUUUAUGGUGCUUGAUGUUUAAAACAGAAGAUGAGAAAAAUUGUGAGCAUAAUCUUAUUUAAUAAUAUAAGAACAUGCUUGUUUACUUCCAAUAUUUAAAAACAUGUACCUAAGUAUAUUCUCUUUAACAUGUUUAUUGAUAGGAUAUAAUGGUUCAUCAGCCGUCUCGGUAGUCCCUUCAACUGUUAGCCUAAGGAAUGUUUCAACCAGCGAAUGUUUCGCCCACAAAUUCGGACAAAAACUUUGUAAAAUAUAGCAGGAUUCCGAUUGAGCUUGACUAACAGAUUGCCUGG